AUGCUUGCAGAGGCACUGAGAUACAUUAACACUCGAGUUGAUGAAGUAUUUCCUGCCAAGAAGUCGAGGUUUAGAAUUGUAUCUGGAAAGGAAAAUGCGAAGGAAAAUCCAUCUUUGGAGGAAACUAGUAAUCUGAAGAAUCUUUCAGUUUUAUCUACUUUGGAGGCUAAGAAUCCUCAAGGGAUUUCAAGCUUGGAGAAUUCUAUUGCGUCAAGUGAGGUUGCAAUGGAUGAUGUAUUGCAAGGUUGUCAAGCAAAUGAAAAGUGCAGCCAGGGAAAGUUUCUUAGUGUUGCUGAGCUUUCAUCAGCUGCUGAUAGGACUUCUGGCUUGGAAGCGGCUAUUGACAUGGGCAAAGCAUUAAGAGGACUGGCUGCACCUGAACCAUGUGUUGAUAAAGGUUUAGCUGCUGAUUCGUCUGACAAAUGUGGAGAUUUGUCAUCAACCUUUACAGGAAAUUUGUUCUCUGAAUGUAAUAUACCUGGCCAGAAGGCUCCUUUGGAUCUUACUCUAAAAACCAGCAUGAGGGUAUCAACCUCCUCUUCUGUAAAUUGGAUACAUAGGUUACUUAUGCGUGGUACCAUGCCUCAAUUAACCUUCCAGCACAGUUCUUUGGAGAGUCAAAAUAUGAGAGGUUCCCAGGGCUUGGGUUUGCAUUCAUGGAUGUAUCCUCAAUCCAUUCUACCACCUUCUCUCAUAUCCGUCUUGAGCUCAUCAACAGCAGAUAGAGCAAUAGAAUUGGAAUUCCUAAGGAAACGACAAGUAGCUUGGGAAGAAUCCUUCCACGACCUUUAUUACAUGCUUCGGAAGAACAUCUCUGGCCUUUUUUAUGUUUGCACUUCCCAGUUUGUGGUGAUGUUCACUGGUGGUGAUGGCUCUAGGAGAUCCAAAUGCUCGUGCAAUGCCUAUGUCUCUCGGUCAACCAGAGGUUUGAGAUCAUUGUUAAGGGAGCAUGAUCUUUGUUUCUCGAUGCCUCUUUGCCAUUCUGAAGUGGAGCAGGUCGCUACUGAGGAUCUGGUUGAGCUCUCAGAGAUAGAGAGGCAGAACUUGGGGCAGUUAGUAUUAAGUGAACUAUUUGGAGUUUAA